CGCCGCAGUCCGCGCGACCGCAACGGUACCGUAGUGGUAUCCGUAACAGUCGUCGUCCGGUCGUCGUCGUGUCGCGUUCGUUGCAGCGCGCAAACGUUUCCGUCGUCUUCGCGCGGUGCAUUUCGCGUCUUAUCCGGACGCCCGCGACACCCGAACGUCCACGGACGUCCCGUGCGCAGACACCGAUAAUCGUUACGAACAAUAUAAUAUUGCCGUCGGCGGCGGUUUUCGAGAAGACCGAGUGAGAAAUUGCGACGGACGGGAAAUACACCCGUACCGAGUGCGCGACGUACCCGAACGCGCGCGCUGCGGUCUAAUAACGGAUCGUGAUCGGAUUCGUAUCGUUUAUCCUCGUGGCGGUAAGGACCGUCCGUGUUUUCCGCCCAACGGUCAACAUAAACAACAACGAUUGUAAUAAUAAUAAUAAUAAUAUUUCAACAACACCGGCCGCCGCUUUCGCGCCACUCUCGUUUCCCGCGCCGCCGACCGCUACUCCGGUACAUAUCCGUACCGUUUUCUAGGUUAUGUUUAAUGAUAACCAGUGGCUCUAACAGUGAUGAUAAUAGCAGUAUAAGUUACGCGACCGAAGGACUAGCGGAACGGCCCCGGCUUCUGCCUCCGCCGCCUCCGCCUCCGCCGCCGACGGGUACGAAUCAAAUGCGUUAUCGCCGGGCCAGCCGGUGUUUGGGGCGUAUCAUUUACGAGUUUUCGCGCCGUCGAUGAUGUCAACCCAGACGUUAUACUGUUUGAUGGAAUUUACAUGGUGGUAACGCAUCGUAUUGAGUUGCUUUCAAAAAUGGAGCUGUUGGUUUGCAGGUGAAAUGCCGAACGGUCGACCGAAGGCGGCGCUUCUCAUCCUGUUGCUCGCGUUGUAUGUACUGACCGGUCCCGGGACGCUGGCGAAUCACACCAGCAGCUCCUCUACCACUACCACUACCACGACCCCGAACACGACCACCACCGGUAACCUGCAAUCUAACGUCACCAACAAGACCACCGCGGGUCCCGUGCUGCGGGAGCUGACCAUCGGCUAUCUGACUGCGGCCAAGGGGAGUCUGAACAACCGGCAGGGACUGUCGAUUUCGGGUGCGCUGACGUUGGCGCUGAAAGAAAUCGAGGAAGAUCCGCACCUUUUGCCUAACGUUUCUUUGACGCUGCGAUGGAACGACACGCAUGGCGACACGGUGCAAGCGACCAAGAUGAUCACGCAGAUGAUUUGCGAAAAAGUAGCUGUUUUUUUCGGACCCGAAGGCAACACGUGCCAUACCGAGGCAAUCGUAGCGCAGGCGUGGAACAAACCUAUGAUCACCUACAAAUGUGCCGAUUACAAAGCUUCGGGAAUACCAACAUUUGCCCGUACAGAUCCUCCCGACACUCAGAUCACCAAAUCGAUUAUAUCUCUGUUGAGGUAUUACAGUUGGAAAAAAUUUAGCAUAAUCACCGAGGAUUCGAUGAAGUCGGUUGCGGAGUCUUUGAAAAUACAAGCGUUGAACGCUAACAUGACCAUCAAUCAUUUCGAGACAAUAUUCGAGUACCACAAGUGCUGCGAACAGAACCAGAAGUGUUGUAACGAAGCGCCCUGGUACUCCUUGGCGCAGGAGACCAUGGUCAACACCAGAAUUUACGUGUUUUUUGGUACCCCAAAAUCGUUAGUCGACAUGAUGGCCGCAAUGCAAUCCCUACAACUGUUCGACAACGGCGAUUACAUGGUCAUCUACGGAGACACGAAGUUCAACUACGGCAAAGACUUUCGGCAAUACUUAUGGAAUGACUAUCGUGCAGGAAAGAGUUUUAUUGACAUCGGGAACUGUUUAGAAGAAAAGAAUUUCCUUAAACGAGCCCGUUCACUGUUGGUCGUCGUUUCCUCCCCACCGUUACCAAACGAAUAUGCAGUUUUCUCGAAAAAAGUAUUAGAAUUUACCAGCAAAGAUCCAUUCAAAUUCCCGACGCCGGAAGUAUUCAAAAACGUAUCUUACGCCAAAUUUAUUUCCAUUUACGCUGCCAAUUUGUACGAUUCGGUCAUGCUUUAUGCUCGGACGUUAGAUUUUUUGCUCAGAGCUAGAGCCAACGGUCGGGAGCUAACUGGUGAAAUGAUCGAUGAAGUGUCUAAUAACGGAACGCUAAUAAUUGAAACACUUAUCAAGAAUAUCACGUACCAAAGUAUAACUGGUACUACAAUCAAAUUGGACAAAGACGGGGACUCGGAAGGUAACUUUUCAGUGGUAGCUUUGAAGUCGCAAAAUUUUAACGUCCAUCUAAACGAAGGCAAUUUCUCUUGCCCGUACUUCAUGGUCCCGGUGGCUCAAUUCUACUACGGCGAAUCACUGGAGUACAAAUUGAACAACCCUAAUUUUAAAAUCGAAUGGCCCGGCAAAGGUCGACCAGACGACGAACCUAGUUGCGGUUUUAACAACGAACUGUGCAACAAGGACGAUUUGGAAAAGAGUUCCAUCAUUGUGGCUACGAUUUUGGGUUUGAUUCUGUUUUGCGCGUUCGUCAUCACGCUCUCGAUAUACCGGAAAUGGAAGAUCGAAUUGGAAAUCGAAGGGUUGCUGUGGAAAAUAGACAAGGCCGAUCUGUUUGGGUACUAUAACAAGGAUAUCGUUUCGUCUCCCAGCAAAUUGAGUUUGAUUUCGGCCACUUCAUACGAGUCGCGCGCUGGACUCCAAGUUUUUGCCACAACCGGCCAGUAUCGAAAUAUAAUGGUGAGAAUCAAAGAAUUAAAGUUUUCCAAACGAAAAGACAUAUCUAGAGAACAGAUGAAAGAAAUGCGUCUGCUGCGAGACUUGAGGCACAGCAACGUAAACUCGUUUAUCGGUGCUACUAUUGAACCGUUACGAAUUCUGAUUAUCACAGAUUAUUGCGCUAAAGGAAGCCUCUAUGACAUUGUAGAAAAUGAAGACAUAAAAUUGGAAAAAAUGUUCAUCACAUCUUUGGUUCACGAUCUCAUCAGAGGUAUGAUAUUUAUACACAACUCGCCUUUAGGUUGUCAUGGGAACUUAAAAUCAUCUAAUUGUGUUGUAACUAGUCGUUGGGUAUUACAAGUUACGGAUUUUGGUCUACAUGAUUUGAGACAGUGCGCGGAAAAUGAUUCUAUCGGUGAACAUCAGUAUUUUAGAAAUUUGUUGUGGAAAGCCCCUGAGCUCUUAAGAGACCCUGUCGCAUCCAUUAAAGGGACACAAAAAGGGGAUAUAUACGCGUUUGCCAUUAUCUUGCAUGAAAUAAUGUGUCGGCGAGGUCCUUUUGGCGCUUGCGGCGUCGAAGAACCUAAAGAAAUCAUAAGACUGGUUAAGUUAGGUUGCGAUGAAGUAAAUGAUGUACCGUUGAGACCCAGCAUACAUCACUUAAGAGACUGUAAGAUGGCAGAAGAUUACAUUAUCCAAUGCAUAACCGAUUGUUGGGACGAAUUCCCUGAAAAUAGACCGGAUUUUGGUACGAUACGCGCGAGACUCAAAAAAAUGAAAGACGGGAAACAAAAAAACAUAAUGGAUCAAAUGAUGGAUAUUAUGGAAAAGUAUGCAAACAAUCUCGAAGAUCUAGUCAAUCAACGUACAAAUGAAGUUUACGAGGAAAAAAGAAAAACUGAAGAUUUGUUACAUCGAAUGCUACCAGAGCCAGUAGCGAAACGUUUAACACUAGGAUACGGCAUAGAACCAGAAUUAUAUUAUUCAGUUACCAUUUACUUUAGCGAUAUUGUUGGAUUUACUGCAAUGUCCGCCGAGAGUACUCCGUUACAGGUUGUUAAUUUUUUAAACGAUCUCUACACUUUAUUUGACAAGAUCAUCAAAGGCUACGAUGUUUACAAAGUUGAAACGAUAGGUGACGCAUACAUGGUGGUUUCGGGGUUACCCAUUAAGAAUGGCAAUAGACAUUCUGGCGAGAUAGCUUCAAUGUCAUUAAAUUUGCUAGAAGCAGUGAAACAUCACAAAAUAGCCCAUCAACCGGAAGCCACGUUAAAAUUACGAAUAGGAAUCCACACAGGACCUGUUGUGGCCGGUGUUGUUGGACUCACAAUGCCCAGGUAUUGUUUAUUUGGUGAUACGGUGAAUACAGCCUCUCGGAUGGAGUCCAAUGGUGAACCGUUAAAAAUACACAUAAGUGAACAAUGCAAAAAUUCUCUUGAAGAACUGGGCGGAUAUAUAAUCAAAGAGCGUGGAUACGUCAACAUGAAAGGAAAAGGGGAUGUGCUCACUUACUGGCUUGAAGGAACAAACGAAAGCGCCAUUAAACGAAGAGAUGUUGAUUUGAAUGAAUUACCUCCUCUGUUUUGCGGAUCCAAACGGCAUAGUCCAAAAGUAUACUCCGGUUUCGGAGAAUACACAAGUAGACGUCCGUCGUUUGCUCCGCGGGGAAACUCAAUUGAUCAAAGUACUAAGGAUAGUGAAACCUAUCUUCAAGAACAUCGACCACUUCCUCUACCCCCUACUUUGCUCGAACCACUGCGCAAACGAAUGAUCCAUUCAACGUCCAUGGAUCCGUUUCCGAACAAACAAAUCAGCAGAGUGAGCUCACUGAUCAAAAGGAGUUGUCGUUCAUUAGAGGAUUCAAAACUCUUCAGCGACCAGUGUCAGAAAGAAGAAAACUGUGAAGACAGCGUAACAGAAACUGUGGUCAAUGGCAGCCUGCAAUACACUCCUUUAUUAACUGAAGACAAUAAACGAUGGCAUUCAUCUGAAGAUGUUGCAACAGAACCUCAUAGAAAAAAAUUGGUGUCGAGAAAUUCGAUUAGGAGUUGGUUGGUUGGACUGUUCAAUGGCACUGCAACAUCUUGUCGAUCUAGUGAAGUAUCACUUCGUAAAGUGUAUACAGAUAUGCAACAAAUUGUUGACAAGGAGAGUGUAGUCUAAUAUUGAUUAAUGUCAAUCACAUUUAAAAAAAAUUGCAGGUAAAAAGAUUACUUAAAAGAAAAACACUAUAGGAUAGGCAUAUUAUAAGAUAAAAAUCAAAGUCAAAAUGCUGUACAAAAAACUUCAUAAUUUUUUUUGACAAUUUUGUAUUUUGGCCUAUAUUCUGCUUAAAAAAAGAAAAAUGCACAGUUAUAAUAAUUAUACUAUAAUAUAA